AUGGAGCAGUCUGGUAUUGAGUUGAAUAGAAAUAACGAAAGACAUAACCAUAUUUUCAGAACCAGAAACCAUAACGCACACAGUCACAUACACACAAACGAUGCAUCAACUUUCAGCAAGAUCUGUGACGGCAGGUUGCGUCUAGAAGAGUUGGGGGCUGCGACAGACCGAGGUGGAGGGGAUCGUCUAUGGGGCUGCAGAGGGUCGGAUUCGACUGAACAGAUGAUGGAAUGCAACCUCAUGUUAGAUGAUACUUUGAACCCCACUGAAGCUUUGAUGGGAAAGAACUCUAAAGAUGACCCAAUGAACCAACUUCAAAAACUUUCAAUUUUCGAUGCUUCUCUUUACAAAUUUUCAGUUUGA